UAAUUAUUUUAAAACGGAGGAGUAACCUAAGUUGACACACGUUCAGUAGUCUUGUAAAAUCCACAGAGACGCCCUUUGUCAUCACAUUUGUUAGCCUUUCUGCAUCUCUUUAAUAUCUAUCCCAUUUUCUCACAUCGUGCUCGUCGCCAGGCGCUGGGGCUACCUACUCAGCAAAUCAAAUAGCACAAAUAUCCACCAACUGUUUGAUAAAAUGUUUAGAAGAAACAACAAAGGCCAAGAUUGGUUCCAUCACUAAAUCAAUCAAUCAAAUCAUCUUUCAUACCAAUCGUAUUUAUUAUAUUUUUUGUAGAUCAAGGAUGCGAGGACGAUGUGGAAGGAGAUCGGAGACAGAGAAUUUGGGAAGCUUCGCACUAAUUUAUUCAGCAAUCGUAUUAAGUCGGCUAGAAUCUCUUCUAUUCAACUCUCCAACUACAAAGAUUUCAUUUCUCCUCACCGUGGCUCCAUCAACUCCUUACAGGUUGAUUUGACAGAGGGCCGAUAUCUGUUAUCCUCUGCUUCGGAUACAUCAGUUGCUGUUUAUGAUGUCCAACGUGCAACUGAUUAUGAUGAAAGUGGUCUGAUUGCAAAGCAUAAGCACAUAUUGUUGGUUGACAAGCAACAUGAACAGGGCCACAAAUAUGCCAUUUCCACAGCCAUCUGGUAUCCAAUUGACACAGGGCUUUUUAUUACAGGCUCUUAUGACCAUUACGUUAACGUCUGGGAUACUAACACGACGCAGGUGGUAAUUAAUUUCAAAAUGCCUGGAAAAGUGUACAAGACUGCCAUGUCGCCGGUGGCAACAUCACACAUGUUGAUCGCUGCUGGAACUGAAGAUGUUCAAGUUCGUCUUUGUGAUAUUUCUUCGGGUGCAUUUGCUCAUACAUUAUCUGGCCAUCGUGAUGGAGUGAUGUCAGUUGAAUGGUCUGCUUCUAGCGAGUGGGUUUUGGUAACAGGGGGUUGCGAUGGCGCCAUUCGCUUUUGGGACAUAAGGCGUGCAGGAUGUUUUCGUGUUCUAGAUCAGUCUCAUUCUCAGCUUGGAAGUCGCCCAACUAUUCUUACACGUUCCACUGCAAACAAGAGUUCCAUGCUGAAAACAUCUUCAGGAGGCUUAAAUUCAUCUACAAAAGGCCGUCCAUCUCAGAAGAAAAUGGGAAAUGGUGUGAGUCUCAAACACGCUGCAAUUGCUAGACAAGUGAGGGGAUAUGGAAAGCAGCGACUACAUCCAGGGAUGCUCUCUAGUCAAGAUAGAGCCACUGCUCAUUAUGGUGCUGUCAAUGGAUUAAAAGUGACCAAUGAUGGAAUGUAUCUCCUUAGUGCAGGUUCUGAUUCAAGGUUAAGGUUAUGGGAUAUUGAAUCUGGUUGCAAUACACUAGUGAACUUUGAAACUUCACGACUACAGUCCACCAAAGCUUUACAGUUGGCCAUAUCUCAUGAUUCAAAACUUGUAUUUGUGCCGUGCAUGUCAACUACUAAGGCAUUUGAUCUGUGGUCCGGCAAGACAAUGAUGGAUUUACGUGGCCACUAUGAGAAUGUGAACUGUUGUCUGUACAAUUCGCUGGACCAGGAACUAUACACAGGUGGUAAUGACCGGAAAAUUCUUGUCUGGUCUCCAAGUAAAACUACUGCUGAUGAAUUGGAGGGUAGAGACGGACAAGCUUUUGCAAUCGAUCAAGAUAAUUGGAGCGACUAAGUAGCUCACAAAAUUUCGGAGGUUCCAUGUCAAGUUCAACUUUCAGGUUUCUUCAUUGUACAUUUGCUUGAGAACUAAGAUGUAAUAAAUUGGAAUCUGAUGCUGUACAAUAUUCUAUUUCUAUUUGAAAUGCUUAGAUAAUGCCACUGUUUUGUAAUUGAUGAAGUUUAGAAACAAAUUGUCAUUAUGUCAUGUUUUGUAUUAACAAAUGCCACAGAUUGACACCUUGCAAGUGGAUGAUCUUUUUUUA